UGGACUUGGGUCGGCGGCCCGGGCCGGGGUUGGGAUUGAGGCCGGGGCUCCGCUACUGGGCCCGUGAGGAUGGUGCUGGGUGGUUGCCCGGUGAGUUACUUACUUCUGUGCGGCCAGGCGGCUUUGCUACUGGGGAAUCUACUUCUACUGCAUUGUGUCUCUCGGAGCCAUUCGCACAACGCGACCGCAGAGCCCGAGCUCACAUCCGCUGGCGCCGCCCAUCCGGAGGGCUCCGCCGGCCCCCAGAGCUGGGAAUAUGGCGACCCCCAUUCUCCAGUCAUCCUUUGCUCUUACCUACCUGAUGAAUUUAUUGAUUGUGACCCUCCAGUGGAUCAUGUUGGAAAUACAACUGCAUCCCAGGAACUAGGUUAUGGUUGUCUCAAGUUCGGUGGUCAGGCCUACAGUGAUGUGGAACACACUUCAGUUCAGUGCCGGGCCCUAGAUGGAAUUGAGUGUGCCAGCCCUAGGACCUUUUUACGUGAGAAUAAACCUUGUAUAAAGUAUACCGGACAUUACUUCAUAACCACUUUACUCUACUCUUUCUUCCUGGGAUGUUUUGGAGUGGAUCGUUUCUGUCUGGGACACACUGGCACAGCAGUAGGGAAACUGUUGACACUUGGAGGACUUGGGAUUUGGUGGUUUGUUGACCUUAUUUUGCUUAUUACUGGAGGGCUAAUGCCAAGUGAUGGCAGCAAUUGGUGCACUGUUUACUAAAAAGAGUUGCUAUUUACAACCCAGAGAGACAAGUCUUCUGAAUUCAUCUCUACAUGCUCAGAACUCUUCCUUGAUAUCAGAUCUAAACAUCAGGAAGAGAAUGGGUUUGAUUGGGAAAAUUUCUUGUGACUUUGUAUUUUCAGCCCAGAUUUUACCUUGCAGACUAGAAAUGACAAGGAAACAGUGUGGAAAUCAAAUGGCACCUUUCCUUGUAUACAGAAUACAGUCACUAACUUAACAGCUGAAGAGGACUUCCAUAUUCCUUAAUUAGUAGGUUGCACUAUCCUCAAUCCUUUGGAACAAGUGGAUGAAACAGAAUGAGCAAAGUGAAUUUUUCUUUCAAAGUGAGUAUUUUUAACCUUACUCAUGGCCCUGAGUCUUCAUGCAGAGGAGAUCUGAAACGGAACCAGUGAAAAUCUUCAACAGAAAUGGAGAUGACCAUGGAUUUUAAUAUAUACUGAAAUUCUAACUUUUUUCAUUUAAAUUGCAGAAUGCAUUUUGCCAACCUGGAAUCCUGUUUGGAUUUUUCAGUGGGUAGAGUGGAACUCCAAGUUAUAAUUGUUUUGCAAAAAGCUAGAUAUUCAAAGCAAACCACCCCACUGAUAAACCCUAUUGUUUCUCCCUCAUAAUGCUCUAGAGCUAGUAAAACAAUUUCUUUAUUGCAAUUAACUUCUUCCUGGAAGAAUUUUCUUACCUAAAAAUUAGUAUUUACCAAUUUGGAGAGUCCAAGUUGUAGGUGAUUAAAAAAAAAAAUUUCAUACAUGUAACUGUAAAACUUCACAUUUAGGUAAUAUGAAAAGUCUCAUGCCCUUGGAAAGAAAAACAGACUCUUACUAAAGGAUACUAUUACUGACCACUGGGUAAAGUUAGGAUGUGAUUUAAAGGGUCAAAUAGAAAUUGAACACAUCCUGUCAAAAUAAGCAGGGUGCCAAAAAUUCUCACUGUAGCCAGUAUCGCUUAAUCAUAGUGAAAGAGGUACAGCCAAGCUUUUGCAUUCCAAAUCACUGGCAAUAAAAGGAAACAUUCCAAAUUAUAAGUGAUUUUCAAAACUUAGUUCCCAUCAUUUGUAAUCUUGCUUGAAAAGAACUGGCAAAUGUAAAAGGGGACUUUUACAGACAAGUCUAAAAGCCUAAUACUCAGGGUGACAUAAAUCUUAGAAAGCAUCAAGAUACAACUGCUCAGUUUCAUAACCAACUUAAAGAUCAAGAAUCACAAUUAAAAACCUCUGGAUAUGCUUCACCAUUUUGAAGCAACUUUCUUAAGGGUUUUAGGCUUUAUUGUCCGUGAUUACUGUUCUUAUUAUAAAAAUGGUGGCAACUGUAUAAAAAUUAAAACAUUCUGUUCUCUUGAAUAUUCUGUACCACACUGACCUUAACCUUGUUUGUAACAGUACUAGGUGAAAGGUUCUUCUUUGUUGUGGAUCUUAAAGAAACUGUACUCCCUCCCCAGAAAAAUACACAUUCAUAAAAGUUUACGUAGAAUUAGAGGUUCAAAGAUGCUAUAUUAUUUUCAAAACUCACUCUAAGACAAAUGUGGAAAACAGAAACAAAUAUUAAAACCUCACCCAAAAAAAUACUAUUCUAAGCCACAAAUCCUGCCUCAUUUCACACUGUUUUGAUUUGUUUCAAAUGCCCUUAAGGGUAGGCACAAACCCCAUCAAAAGUUAUUUUCUUAAAAAAAAAAAAAAAAAACUUUUGACAGCUUUCAGACUUUAACUCACUAAUGCCAAAAAGUUGGAGCUUGGGUAGAAAGGUAAACAUCUAAGUUAUUAAAGUAUUUGUUGUAUGGUUAUAGUGGAAGCCCUUCUCACAGAACAGCUAUUAGAGACCAAAGUUACAUAACAAUUUAACUCAAAGUGGUAACCGGAGGAUCUUUAGUACCCCCUCUGAUAAUCUGCUGUUGUCAGUUUCAGUUUGAAAUCUAAAUAAUGCCCAUCCCUCUAUAUCCACAAGCCAGGCAAAUGUGGUACAACCUAAAAAGCUGAUUAAGUAAAGGAGUAUUAUUAAAGAUUUGAUUUCCUUUGCAGUUGGGACUCAGGUAGUUUCUUGUUAUUUGGUGGAUAGAUCUAUUCUAUCUGUAUGUUGGUGUUAUAUCUAGUUUGUGACUACAGAGAAAUUACUAACGUUUGCUCUUGUCAGGGUUAAAUUAGUAACUGUGCCUGCUUUCCCAUUGUUUCUGAUCUUUAAAUAAAGUUUUGUCAGCUCCCCAGA